AUGUUCUCAACAAGGGCCUCUUCUGCAUCUGCUUCUUUACUAUUGAAAAGAAUUCCCUCUCAAUUGAGAUCCCCACUCCAAUUAAGAUGUUUUUCCCAUUUACCUCUCACAAUCCCAAUCAAAUUACCUAAUGGUUUAGAAUUUGAUCAACCAACUGGUCUUUUCAUCAAUAACAAAAAUAUUCCCUCGAAAGAAGGGAAAACUUUUGAAGUCAUUAAUCCCUCCACAGAAGAAGAAAUUUGUCAUGUUUAUGAAGGAAGAGAAGAAGACGUAGAUAUAGCUGCUAAGGCAGCUCAAGAAGCAUUUGAUAACGGCUCUUGGUCUACAAUUGACCCCUUAGAAAGAGGUAAAGCUUUAUAUCGUUUAGCGGAAUUGAUCGAAAAGGAUUUAGAUGUAAUUGCCUCCAUUGAAACUUUAGAUAAUGGUAAGGCAAUUAGCUCCGCUAAGGGCGACGUUCAAUUAGUAGUCGAUUAUUUUAAAGCUUCUGCUGGGUUGGCGUGUAAAUUAGAUGGUAGACAAGUCAAUAGCGGGUCUAAUUAUUUCAAUUAUACCAAAAGAGAACCCUUGGGUGUUUGUGGUCAAAUUAUCCCAUGGAAUUUCCCAUUAUUAAUGUGGGCUUGGAAAAUUGCUCCAGCUUUAAUCACUGGUAAUACUGUCGUAUUAAAGACUGCUGAAUCAACUCCAUUAUCUGCGUUAUAUACUGCAAAAUAUAUACCAGAAGCUGGUAUUCCACCUGGUGUGGUUAAUAUUGUUUCCGGGUUUGGUAAAAUUGUUGGUGAAGCUAUCACUACUCAUCCAUUGAUUAAAAAAGUCGCAUUUACAGGUUCAACCACCACUGGGAAACACAUUUAUCAAAAUGCUGCUGCAUCUUUGAAAAAAGUAACUUUAGAAUUAGGUGGGAAAUCACCAAAUAUCGUCUUUGCUGACGCCAACAUGAAAACUGCUGUUCAAAAUAUUAUCCUAGGUAUUUAUUAUAACUCAGGUGAAGUUUGUUGUGCAGGUUCAAGAGUUUAUGUAGAAGAAUCUGUCUACGAUGAUUUGAUUAAAGAAAUCAAAAUUGCAUCCGAAGCUGUUAAAGUCGGUGAUCCAUUUGAUGAAUCCACUUUCCAAGGUGCUCAAACAUCACAGAUGCAAUUAAGUAAAAUUUUGAAAUAUGUCGAAAUUGGUAAAAAUGAAGGUGCUACAUUAAUUAGUGGUGGUGAAAGAUUAGGUACUAAAGGUUAUUUCGUUAGACCAACCAUAUUUGGUGAUGUUAAAGAAAAUAUGCAGAUUGUGAAAGAAGAAAUUUUUGGUCCUGUAGUCACAAUUUCUAAAUUCAAAACUUUGGAUGACGUAGUUAAAAUGGCAAAUGAUUCAGAAUAUGGGUUAGCUGCUGGUAUUCAUACGACAAACAUUAAUAAUGCUGUCAAAGUUGCAGAUAGAUUGAAAGCUGGUACCGUUUGGAUUAAUACAUACAAUGAUUUCCAUAGUGCUGUACCAUUCGGAGGAUUUAAUGCAUCUGGUUUAGGUCGUGAAAUGUCAUAUGAAGCGUUAGAUAAUUACUUGCAAGUAAAAGCUGUUCGUGUUAAAUUAGAAGAUUAA